AUGGGGUUAGAAGGGAAGGAAACGUCGUCGUUUAUGAAGGAUUUUGUUGACAAGUGCGGUGGCUACGCCGUCAUUGACGGUGGUUUUGCGACUGAACUUGAGCGCCAUGGGGCAGACCUCAACGACCCCCUUUGGAGUGCCAAGUGCCUUAUUAGCUCUCCACAUCUAGUUCGAAGGGUUCACCUAGAUUACCUUGAUGCAGGAGCAAACAUAAUAAUAACAGCAUCUUAUCAGGCCACUAUUCAGGGCUUUGAGGCCAAAGGGAUCGCUAGAGAAGAAGGUGAAAUUUUGCUUAGAAAAAGUGUGGAGAUUGCACGUGAGGCUCGAGAAAUUUAUUAUGAUAGGUGUACCAAAGAUUUUUCUGACUUUAUGCGGGAUGAAAGAUAUAGAAGACGUCCCAUUUUAAUUGCAGCUUCUGUGGGAAGUUAUGGAGCAUAUUUGGCAGAUGGUUCUGAAUAUAUAGGGGACUAUGGUGAUGCAGUUACUGUCCAGACACUGAAAGAUUUUCACAGGGAAAGGAUAAAGAUUCUUGUUGAUGUGGGUGCGGACUUAAUUGCCUUUGAAACAAUUCCAAAUAAGCUGGAGGCAAAGGCUUAUGCUGAACUUCUUGCGGAAGAAGGCAUAGAAACUCCUGCAUGGUUUUCUUUUACUUGUAAGGAUGAAACCAAAGUGGUUAGUGGUGAUUCUAUCUUUGAGUGUGCUUCAAUAGCUGAUUCAUGCAGACAAGUCGUUGCAGUUGGAGUCAACUGUACUGCUCCUAGAUUUAUUCACGGAUUAAUUUCAUCCAUUACAAAGGCAACAAGUAAACCAGUACUAGUAUAUCCCAACAGUGGGGAGACUUAUAUUGCUGAGAGCAACCAAUGGGUGAAAUCAAGUGGGAUAGCAGAGAAUGAUUUUGUCCCCUACAUAGGCAACUGGCAUGAUGCUGGGGCUUCCCUCUUUGGAGGCUGCUGUAGGACUACUCCCAAUACUAUCAGAGGCAUAGCGGAGGCAAUAUGCGGAAAACUUCAAGACAAAUAAAUGAAUAUAACUGUUGAACUAUCUGUAAUGGAAGAAAUGACAGUAACCUGGAGGAAGUGGCUAGUUUUCUUCAGUCAUGCAUCCACUUUCUUAUAUGGCUGGCAUGCACUUAC